CUGGACUGCUUGUAGAUUAUAGACACAUGCAUAGUAUAACACUCUGAAACAGUUUAGAAAACCUAUAUUAGACAGAUAUUUAAGUUAAACUUGGACACUGUACACACAGACACAAAUUCUUGAGGUUCAAUAUAUGAACGCAUGGAUAUUGACGAUGCAUACACAAAGGUGGUUGGGACAUUCGGUCGAUUUCAGAUCAUUAUUUAUUCACUGAUGUCGAUCUAUGGGCUGUUCCUCGCCCCAUUUAAUCUAAUUGCAUAUUUUGUCGACUCAAGUCCAAAAGAUAUUAAAGAAUUUCAAAAAGUUAAUCCACAAGUAAACAAUGAUAGUUCCAUUGUAAUUGAGUGGAAUUUAGAAAAUGAAGCAUGGUUGAGCGAUUUUAUCCAAGCGCUAUACUUCACUGGGUUUCUGUUCGGAGUUACUAUGUUCGGACAAGCUUCAGAUAGAUAUGGAAGAAAGAAAACAAUGCUUGUUGGAUUCCACUUGUUGUUUCCAAUAUGCUUGGGGACAUCUUUUUCAACCAGUUGGCAAAUGUUUGCAUUCUUUCGUACCGCUAAUGGUUUCUUGGGAGGUGGAGUGACAUUGGUUUUGUUUGUUUAUUUGCAAGAAAUCGUUGGAAGAAAAUGGUGGGCAGUUACAGGUUCCCUGUUAAAUGGCUUAUUUGCACUUGGCAUAGUCGUGAUGGUAGGAAUUGCUUAUGCUGUUCCACCUUGGAGAACUAUGAUACAAAUACUUGUUAUACCGCAGGUUGUGCCUUUAAUAUCACUGUGGUUUUUGCCAGAAUCCCCACGCUGGCUGUAUUCUCAAGGUAAACUGGCAGAAGCAGAAAGUGUUCUCAUAAAAAUAGCAAAAAGGAAUGGAGUUAACCAUCCAGUACUCAGUCUUGUGAAGAAACCAAGUGAACAUAAGAAAAGUUCAUUCACAGUGAUUGACCUGUUCAAGAAUAGAACUACUUUAAAACGUUUGCUGAUCAUGGGUUACAUUUGGUUUGUAUGCAGUUUUGUGUACUAUGGUCUAACAUUAGCAGCUGGUGAUAUAGGAAGCAAUCCUUACAUGAAUGAAUUACUAUCUGGGGUGGUGGAACUGCCUACGAUGAUGUUUACUGCAUAUAUCCUAGACAGGAAAUGGUGUGGCAGAAAAAGAGGGUUGGUUGUUGCCUUACUGACAGCUGGAGUCUGUUGUUUUAUAUUGAUGUUUUAUAAAGAGAAAAACACGCUUAAAAUGGGAGUAGGGCUUAGUGGUAAAAUGUUGAUAGCUACCGCAUUCAAUAUAAUCUACAUUUAUUCUCCCGAGCUUUUCCCAACUGUUGUACGUAAUGCUGCACUUGGUUCACAGUCCAUGUGUGCAAGGGUUGGCGGGAUAUUAUCAGCACAAAUGAAGACGCUGGUUGCAAUCAAUCCUUUAGUGGCAUAUCUUCUGUUUGCUAUCACUGGCAUCACUUCUGGACUACUUUCGUUUUUCCUGCCGGAAACACUGGGAAUAAAACCUCCCGAUUCAUUCGCAGACCUUGAUUCUCAAAUAAAGAAGAAUAACUCAGCGAGAAUUACACCUAAUGUUCCAAGGAUGGUAAUGUCUAACCUCAGAAAAAAGGAAAACAAUCUUGAACAGGCGGAACUACUGCUAGCCUCAGAUGAAGAUGACAUAUUUUAAAUUUUUAACAUUUUGUUGAUUAAUGAUUUGCACCAUAGUGGUACAACUUAUUUUAUGUGCCUAAAAUUGUAUUUUUUCUCUUACUUUUAAAUCAUAGCUAUUAACCAUACAGUGAAUAUUUUUAUUGUCCAGUUUAAGUAUUUCUUUAUUUAAACUAUAUUUUUGGAAGCACAAAACUGCCUUAUGUAUUAUAUUUCCACAAUAUGUAUUAUAUAUAUUUGCUAUGUUAUAAAAUACUGUUGAAAUAUCUCUAAUACACAGAUGGUGUACGUACUAAUUAUAACCUUUUUUUUAUGUGCAAUGUACUUUAAACUGACAAUGCGGAUUUCUUAACAGA